UCUGACAGGCCUAUUUGUUGGCCUUGGAAUAUGAUUCUUCAUCUUUGGGGGAAUCUGAUGAAAGCCUGGUCCUGGUCAUUCCUUUAACACCAGAUGUGCCUGCAGGCUCCCACUCCAGGGCACCUCGUCAACCUGGAGACCAGGCCAGACCCAAUGGGAUCGUUAGGAUGCUGUCGCUGUGUCUCAGGAAUCCUGGAAGAGUGAACACCAGGCCUAAAUUCAGACACAACUGCAAGCAGGCACAGACUUGAAGGAGAAACAGAAGUCUGCCAAGUGGGCGGGUCUGUGAGUGCUUUCUGAGCGGAGGGAACAGCAUGUGCGAAGGCCUAGAGGAAUGAGAGAUGGUGGUGAGUGAGCCGGGAGAGUUACAGGAGGCUCAGCUUUUAGCUUUGCUUCUGGUUGUCGACCCUCAGAGAAGGCCAACCAGGAGCUCCAAAUGUGUGGAGCUCAUUCAAGUACACUAUUCCCAUCCAUCACCCUUCAUGAGGUCGGUUUCCUCUCCCUUCGACAAAGAGAAACCGAAGACCAGAAAGGCUUGGGUGGGUUUACCAAGGAUACACAGGCAGGCAGGGCUGAGAAGAUUGAAACCAGCAACCCCUCACCCCCGGUCAUCACUCCAGAGCUUCCUCCUCAAGCUGUCUGUCCUGCCGUUGGUUAACUCACUGCAGCCUGCUCGCAAUUGUGGCUUCAAAGGUUCCAGCCAGCCUGGUGAGGCCAGUGGGAACACCCAGGGCACGAGUGGCCCAUCACAUACCCCCCACACGCCCUGUGUCCCGAUGAGGGACCAGGCCCUCAGAUACCGCAGCAUCCACACCCAGCUGAUGGAGAUGGUGCUGACCUUGCGACAGACUGUGGAGGAUCACAUCAUGCAGCUGACAACCAGACCUCAGCAGCAGGACGGUCAGGCCAUCAGGGAGCAGGAGGCUCUCCUGGGUCGCUUAUUGUUCCAGAUCAUCAGUUUCCUGCCGGCUGGGGCUCAGAGCUUCCAGCCACCUUGCACAUCCACGGACUCCAGAGGUGAUGUUGGAGGUGGGCAGCCGGUCCAAACAUCUAGGCAGACGGGCCAGAUGUUCUACCAAGAGAGUGAUUUUGAAAAUACAGUAAUCAGCUAUGACCUGUCCAACCGUGGGAUUGACAUCUCUGCCUUAUACGACUUGAGCUUCCGGGACUACGACACCUACCAAGGAAACAAAUACCACAAGGACAAGAACACCUUGGGCUACAUCAACCUUGGUACCAGUGAGAACAAGCUCUGUACUGAUCUGCUGGCUGAGAGGUUGAGUCAGAGUGACAUGACCUACAUUGAUGAAGAUCUACUGCAGUACUCUGAUUGGAGAGGGCACCCAUUCCUGCGGAAAGAAGUGGCCCGGUUCCUGACCUUCUACUGUAAGACACCUGAAUUCCUUGACCCAGAAAAUGUGGUUAUUCUAAAUGGCUGCUCUGCUGUCUUCUCUGCACUGGCCAUGGUUCUGUGUGAUCCAGGUGAGGCCUUUCUAGUCCCCACCCCCUUCUAUGGGGGCUUCGCCUUUAGUACCCACCUGUAUUCGAAAGUCAAGCUGAUUCCUGUCCACCUGGAGAGUCAGGUCACUGAAGCGAACGGCUAUCCCUUCCAGCUCACUGUGGACAAGCUGGAGCAAGCCCUGCUCGGGGCUAAGAUUGAGGGGAAAAAGGUCAGAGGUCUUGUGCUAAUCAACCCUCAGAAUCCUCUGGGAGACGUCUACUCCCAAGACUCCAUGAUGGAAUAUCUGGAAUUUGCCAAGAAGUACAACCUCCACGUGAUUGUAGAUGAGAUGUACAUGCUGUCUGUAUUUGAUGAAGCCAUCACAUUCCACAGUGUUCUGAGCAUGAAGAGUUUGCCUGACCCCAACAAGACCCACGUGAUCUGGGGCACUAGUAAGGAUUUCUGCAUCUCUGGCUUCCGCUUUGGCGCUCUGUAUACCCACAACAGAGAGGUGGCCUCUGCCAUGAGCUCCUUUGGCUACCUCCACAGCAUCUCUGGCAUCGCCCAGUACAAGCUGCGUCAGCUGCUUCAGGACAGAGAAUGGAUUGACAAUAUAUACCUGCCCAGUUAUCACUUGCAGCUGCAGGAGGCUCACAGGUAUGUCACUCACAAGCUGAAGGCAUUCAAGGUCCCUUUCCUCAAUCGUGGCUCCGGCCUCUAUGUCUGGAUCAACUUGAAACAGUACUUGGACCCAUGCACGUUUGAGGAAGAGCUGCUCCUCCAUCGCCGCUUCCUGGACCACAAGCUGAUCUUGUCCCCGGGCAAGACCUUCAUGUGUAAGGAGCCUGGCUGGUUCCGUCUCAUCUUUGCAGCCAGGCCCCACCUGCUAAGAAUCGCCAUGCGUCGGUUCCAGCAGGUGCUAGUGGAGCAGGAGCAGGAGCGUAGAGUGAAGCAGCUGGAGGAUGCAAUGAAGGAGGAAGUGUCUGCCUCCCAGCCAGAGACUCCAGCCAGCCCCGCCCUCAGGAAGUCCUGAUGUCAGCCUCGGAUCUGGAAGGCUGGGUGCUAGCCUGGAGCUGUGACCAAACAAACAGUGGGCUCCUCCAGGCAUGAGUGGGUUUGACCUCACCAUCAGCCCCCUUAAGCAUCUGUCAUUCUGGAAGCUUUACAUCUUCUUAGUCUCUAUGAGCCAUUGCGUGUGUGCAAAAUGUUUUUAUGGGGAUUCUGGUGAGAAAGCCUGGUGGAGGAAUAAAGUGAGCUCUCUGGGUCCCUGUUUGGGUGGGUUAGUUUUUAUAUUCUGUAUCUAAUAA